AUUCAUGAGAACACAGAUGAGAUACGCAAGAUGAAACCCAUGAAAGAUGAUCUUAAAAGUUGGAAGUUUGGAUCACUUACCAUUAAGAUUCUUAAGUCUAGACAACACGUACAGUGAUUAUAAUGAUCGAUUCAGAGGCACCAUAAACAGCCUCUGAUCAUCAGUAAACUAGCACUAGAGUACGUACGUAGCCCAGAUUAAUUGUCAGCUAAUUACAACGGCUCAGAAUUUCCUGGCAUAGGCCCUCCUAGAGUGUGGGAAACUGACAUGUUUCAACUCUCAUUUAGCAAUUCUAUCAACCUCUACAGUUUUUUUGUUAGGUUAAGAACAUCAAUGUCUACAGUUUUUCGAAUCAUUCUCAGGGGUUGGUGACUUCAAGCCAAACACGCCAUUAGAAAAACUUUCCAUAAUAAUCAGUCAACUCCUCGUGCCCUUAGGGCAAGUUCACCCGUUGGGUCACCAGGUCACCCACUAUUCACUACUUUUUAGUGUUAAUUUUGUGCCCUGGGUCACCCGGUACAGUGUUCUGGGUCACCAUGAUGACCUGCACAGUGUAUUUCGUGCCCUGGGUCACUAGCACAGUGUAUUUCGUGACCCAGAGAAUGAAAAUAUACACUAAAAAGCAGUGAAUAGUAGGUGACCCGGUGACCCAACGGGUAAACUUGCUCUUAUUAACUCCAGUUACAAGGCUCAUAAAAAUCUAAAAAUAUUUUCUUGAACUAAAAAAACAGUCACAAAUUAACAGAAAAAUGGCGGCAAAUAGUACCUUGAUCGGCGAACAGGGUUAUGAUCGAGCUGAGGAACUGAAGCAAUUCGACGACUCCAAGCUCGGAGUAAAAGGCCUCGUCGACUCGGGUCUCUCCUCCAUCCCUCGAAUCUUUAUCCACCCGCCCGAAACAUUACAGCAAUUGCAGCCCACGACCCGACCCGACGCCCAACCAAUCCCCACCUCCGGUCGCCGCUCCUCAAUUGUCCACCAAGUCAGCGGCGCGUGCCGCAACUUCGGUUUCUUCCAGAUCACCAACCACGGCAUACCGUCGGUGGUUCUCGACCGUACGAUCGCCGCCGUCAAGGCCUUCCACGAGCAGCCUCCGGAAGUCAAAGCGCGGUUCUACCGCAGAGAGAUGAUAGGCCAUGGCGUAGCGUAUCUAUCCAACGUUGACCUGUACACCUCCAAAGCCGCCAGCUGGCGCGACACGCUUCUGGUGAAGCUCGGCCCUUUGCUGGAGGCCGCCGACGACGUUCCGAAGAUUUGUAGGGACGAAAUAGUUGAGUGGGACGGGGAGAUCCGACGGCUGGGAGAGGAGCUUCUGGGGCUGGGGCUGGUGAGUGAAGGGCUGGGAUUGCGAGCGGAGAAGCUGAAGGAGAUGACGUGUCUGGGUGGGAGGGCGAUGGCGGGCCACUACUACCCGCCCUGCCCGCAGCCUGAUCUAACGGUUGGGCUUGUUUCACACAGUGACCCUGGAGUAUUGACCGUGCUGCUUCAAGAUCAUAUCGGUGGGUUGCAGGUUAAGCACGAUGGGGCUUGGGUGGAUGUGAAACCUGUCCCCGGUGCUCUUGUGAUCAACGUUGGUGAUGUACUCCAGAUUAUUUCGAACGAGGAAUACAAAAGUGUGGAUGACCGGGUGUUGGCGAAUCCACACAACGAGGCGCGUCUCUCAAUAGCCGUGCUUUUGAAUCCGAGCAAUAGAGAGGGCGUGUUUGGUCCAUUUCCGGAGCUGGUCUCGCCAGAGAAGCCAGCUCUCUACAAAGAGUUCAAGUUCUCGGAAUUCCUGAUGAGGUUCUUCCAGAAGGAAUUGAAUGACAAAUCUUUGGUAAAUUACUUUAAGCUGCACUGAACUGAAGUAAAAGAGCUGGUCCAGACCUUGUUAAGUAAAAGAGCUGGUCCAGACCCUGUGAAAGAUACUAUUCCAAAUUUCGAUUCUCAUGCA